UGAACUCCGGUCCUGUCCCGCAUCGCUGGGUAAAAAUGGCUGAAGUUGAUUUCGGGGAUAGUGAGCUCUUUCAGCAGCUUGAUGACUCCCCACUGCCCGUCCCGACGCAUAUUCGCUUCACGAGUGAUGAGGAGGAGCAGGAGGAGACCAGGAGCAGACUGGAGGAGUGUGACGAGCACAUCCAGAGACUCACUGAAGAGAAUAAAGGGUUGAGAAGACAGCUGAACAUCCUGACACGACCAAGCGGCAUCAGCAUCGAAGAUGACGACAUCGAUGGGCCAGCUCUUCAAAUCCUUUAUACCAACAACACGAUUUCAAAGCUGUGUCGUCAAGAAAUUGAAGAUUGCAUUUACAGUGUGCUUUUGAAGCACCAGAAACCAAGCAAUGAAAAGAAAAACUCUGUCUUUCAAGUUAAACCUCAGAACUCAGCAUUCGCUAUGGAUGAAGAUCUGCCGAAGUCCUCUUCCAGUUGCAUCAAAACAACAACUGAAGCAUUUAAAGUGGUUGGAAGUGUCCUAUAUUUUACUACAUUCAGUGUUGAUAGACUUGGACAGCCUCUGGUGAAUGAAAACCCCCAGCAAACAGAUGGUUGGGACAUUCCAACCUAUCACCAAGUUUUCAACCAAGUCAUUGGCACUGAUGGACAGGAUAUAGAAAUGAAAGACAAAAGACCCAAAUCAAUGUGUUUCAACUGUGGUGUGAGUGGUCAUCAGCUGAGGGACUGUCCCAAGCCAAAAGACAUGGCUGCAAUAAAUGAGAGAAGAAAGGAGUUUAAUCAGAACAGCAACCAGUCCAUGCAGAGUAACCAGCGGUACCACGCUGAUGAAGUGGAGGAGCGGUUUGCUAAAUACAAGCCGGGAGUCAUGAGUGAGGAGCUAUUGACAGCCCUGGGACUUGAUGACAACACCCUCCCUCCUCUGAUUUAUCGCAUGAGGCAGCUAGGCUACCCACCAGGUUGGCUCAAAGAGGCAGAGAUGGAAAACUCUGGCUUAACAAUGUAUGAUGGAAAAGCUCCAAAUGAUGGUAAUUUAACAGAUAAUACCAAUUCACAAAACAUCUCUUAUGAUGUUUCCAAGCUGGUCGAAUUCCCAGGCUUCAAUGUACCUGCAUCAGAACAAAUGAAAGAUGAAUUCAUGCAGUAUGGUUCAGUUCCAAUGCAGACCAACCACUUGAAGCAAAACUAUGGAGCCUACCUGUCUAAGAACUUCCCUAAGUCUGGUGCCACCUCCAACAAGAGAAGGCAUGAAUCUGAGUCAUCUCCACAGCAAAGGAAGAAGACAAGGUCCAGUCCUGAUCGGAACUCCGAUAGGAGCUCGGAUAUGGAUAUUGAAUCAGACCCAGGAACACCGUAUAAUCCUGGCCAAGAUAAUUUCCAGUUCCAGCCUCCACUGCCCCCUGGUUCCCCUUGCUUCAGUUCACCGCCUCCUUUACCCAGGGGCACUCCUCCUGCUACACCCACUCCCCCACCUCUCCCUAAAGGUACACCUCCUCCCACACCCACUAACGGCUCCCCAGCUCUGCGGAGGCAUAAAUGCUUAGUCGUUGAUGACACUGAGGACGGAACAGAGGAUGAAUUAACGUUGGAGGAACUAGAAGAGCAGCAGAGGCUGAUUUGGGCAGCUCUAGAAAAUGCUGACACUGCCACUAAUAGCGACUGUGAGACACCUGCAGCGGGCACACCUUUAACCAGUUCACCAAGUGUGCCCACACCUGCUUAUGUCUCCACCCAAACGGAGGUAGUUGAAGAAGCGAUGGACACAACAAGGCCUGCAGAAACCUGCCACGGAAGUAAAAAUCAAGAGAUUCGCUCCACGAGACCAGAACCAAUCAAAGCCCAAGAAGGCAGCCCUCAGAGUCCUGGUCCAAUUAAAGCCCAAGAUGACAGCCCUCAGAGUCCUGGUCCAAUUAAAGCCCAAGAUGACAGCCCUCAGAGUCCUGGUCCAGUCAAAGCCCAAGAUGUCAGCCCUCAGAGUCCUGGUCCAGUCAAAGCCCAAGAUGUCAGCCCUCAGAGUCCUGGUCCAGUCAAAGCCCAGGAUGUCAGCCCUCAGAGUCCUGGUCCAGUCAAAGCCCAGGAUGUCAGCCCUCAGAGUCCUGGUCCAGUCAAAGCCCAGGAUGUCAGCCCUCAGAGUCCUGGUCCAGUCAAAGCCCAGGAUGUCAGCCCUCAGAGUCCUGAUCCAGUCAAAGCCCAGGAUGUCAUUCCUCAGAGUCCUGAUCCAGUCAAAGCCCAGGAUGUCAUUCCUCAGAGUCCUGGUCCAGUCAAAUGCAAGGAAGACAACCCUCAGAGCCCUGAUCCAGAUUUCUCUAAUGACGAGAGGAUAAAAGCUGUUCCUCACAGGAGCAAGUUUGCAGCUGGCAUUGUUCAAUUCGAAGAUACACCAGAGUUCACUGAGGUUGCAGAAGCCACAGGGACAUACCUUAGGAUCAGAGACUUGCUUAAAAGUUCCCCUCGAAGUUUGUCGAAGAAAAAAUAAAAAUGUACUCUCUCCGUUUGGAACACAAGGAUACAUGGACAUUUUUUAAACUCAAACUUCUAUUUUCAUUUUCAUGACCAUCCCAUCCAGCAUGUUUUUAGCUGUUUUAUCAUUUUGUACCAAGUUGAAUGUCUACGCUGUGUAUAUACACAUUUGAUCUGUAAACAUACCGAGAGGGAUGGGCAUUUAGGGAUGCUGCAACAGCAAUGGCAAGUUUGUAGGUUUGACCAAUUAGUCUGAUUUUCUUUUUUGUAGCAGUUGUUACUUAUGCUAUUCAUUUUAUUGUAAAAUUUGUAAAAUGGUCAUUUCCCCGACCUGUAUUAAUAUCAUGAUUUUUAAAUGGCUUUUUUUAUUUUUUGUCUCACUCAAAAUGCUCUUAAAUCUUUGAGUAAAAAUGCUUUCCCUUGCUUCAGUGAAUUAUUUUGUCUGGCAGCCAUGGAUCGAUGUGGAUUUGAUUUAUUUUUGCUUUAUGUUGACAGCACACAUGGCAAAAUAUGUGAGCUAGCAGUGUAUAGUUGAUUGUAAGCCAUCUUUAUCAGAGCUUAGUGGAAAAAGUUCACCUUCUGUUGCACAUUGCAAAUGCAAUUGCAUAUAAUUGGGACUGUAAUUUGCAUUUUGUUCCUAUGACAACUGGCAAGAGGCCCCGGGAUAGACCCAGAACACGCUGGAGGGAUUACAUAUCUCGUCUGGCCUGGGAACGCCUCGGGGUCCCCCAGGAGGAGCUUGGGAGAAGGACGUCUGGAGGACCCUCCUUAGCUUGCUGCCCCGGCCCCGGAUAAGCGGAGGAAGAGGGAUGGAUGACAUUACAAAGCUUGGUCUACAUGUUGUCUUUAUUCAUUCACUAUUUAUCAAAUAGAUUCAUAUCACAGUUGUAAUAAAGUUCAUUCCCCCCUUUGAAACUGAUCUGCCAGCAAAAAGGCAUCAUAAAAUGGUCAAAUACAGAUUUGACACAACUUUAAAGAAGCAAUGUGUAAAGCGGAAGAGACUGUGUCAACCCCUCCCUUCCACUAGGGGUCUGUGUCAUGUUUGCUGGCUCUUCCGUCUUUCAGGGUGUUGAUCGUCAGCUGAUGAGCCCCACCUGAGUCUGGUGUCGUUCCAGCUUAAAAGUAUUUCCACCUGAACAUUGACAGCCUUUUUCUUUGGCUGACAUGGCUGAUGUUCAGUUUUGUUUGUUCCAUACAUUUUUACACAUACUGACAUUAC